CAAAACCAAAUAGCCACUGGCUAUCGACCCCACCACCAAAGGCUCCCGUUCACAGCUCGCCAACGCAUCGUCUAUCAGAAACCGUCGAACUCAAUUUUUCGUUUCGCAUCCCGCCUCUUAUAAAAACCCUCUCUUUCUCCCUCUAUGCAGACAUACACCACCGACCACUCUUCUAAUCCGCCGAUUGCAUCCGAUUCCGUCGGAGCUUUUCCCAUGACGAAUUUCCAAGCCCCAAAGCUGCUAUACAAGCAGCGCUCCUGGUCGCCGGACACUGAGAAGGAGGAGUUGUGGCUUCGGCGUAAGUCGAUUCACAGAAUGGGACGGCGCAACGAGAGUGUUACAGACGAAGAUCUUGAAGAGCUUAAAGCGUGUAUUGAAUUAGGAUUUGGUUUCGGACCAGACUCGCCUGAAUUAGACCCGAAACUGUCAGAUGCUUUACCUGCCUUGAGGUUUUAUUGCGCUGUUAAUAAGCAGUAUAGUAAUGGCUUUUCGAGAUCGUCGUCGUCGACGUCGAUUUUAUCGGAUUGUGAUAGCGAUACAAGUAGCUGUUCCUCCAUCUUCGAUCCAGGUGAUGAUCCUGAGACUGUUAAGACGAGGUUGAAGCAGUGGGCUCGAAUGGUGGCUUGUUCAGUGCGGCAAAAUUCAGGAAAAUCUCAGUAAUUUUUUUAAUAGUUUUCAUGUAUUUGUGUAAAAAAUUAUUCGAUUCAAUACAUGGCUCAAAAUUAUUUUUCUUGUUCA